CCUGCCACCGCGCCAGCGGGAUGCGCAGGUUUUAUGUGAGAAAAAAAAUGGCGGCGCUCGCAACUGCCGACAGCGGAGCCGGGCUCCCGUUUUGGCGGUCCGCGGCAUUGCUACGGCUUUCCCCGCAGAGCCGACACGGCCCAGCCGGCUCGGGUCAGUUUACCCCAGGCCCAGGCCAGUGACAAGAGGCCGAGAGAUGCCUCGGCAAACCGGCCCCCACCGUCCCACCGCGGAAUGGCAUCGUCGCCGCUGCCUGCUCUGCCCAUCCACCGCCGACAACGUUGUCGCCACGUAUAUCUGAGCUGUUGCUGGCUUCAAUUUGAGCCGGAGAACCCGACAAAGCGUCUGUCUGCUGGCCCCGGAUUCUGCCUGCGACUGACCGACUAACCGAGCGACCGACUGCAUCUGACUGAUCUCGCUGCGACAAUGGCGGUCGAGCGGCUCGGCUCCAUCCUCAAGCACCUGUCCCCGGGCAGCGCGCUGUCCCAGAUCACCAGCAAGAAUGCCGACGACAUCGUCAUCACGCUCGCCGUGCGGACGCCGCUGACCAAGGCGCGCAAGGGCGGCUUCAAGGACACCAGCCUCGAGUACCUCAUCUACGCGCUGCUGAAGGAAGUGCGCGAGCGGAGCAACCUCGACCCCGCCCUCGUGGAGGACAUCUGCCUCGGAAACGUUUCAGACGGCAAGGCCGCGUACAAGCUGCGCGCGGCCCUGCUGGCGGCCGGCUUCCCCAAUACGACCAGCGCCUCGAGUCUGAACCGCUUCUGCUCGUCCGGGCUCAAGGCGGUCGCCGACAUCGCGCACGCCAUCAGCAGCGGCUCGAUCGAGAUCGGCGUGGCCAUCGGCGCCGAGCAGAUGACCAUCGGCGGCGACGCGCUCCAGAAGCCGUUCGACGAGGAGGUCACCAAACACUCGCAGGAGGCGGUCGACGCCAUGCAGCCCAUGGGCUGGACGAGCGAGAACGUCAGCCGCGACUUCGGCGUCUCGCGCGAGGCCAUGGACCGCUACGCCGCCGAGAGCUUCCAGCGCGCCGAGCGCGCCCAGAAGGCCGGCCUAUUCGACGACGAGAUCGUGCCCAUCAAGACGCGCGUCCGGGACGCCGCCGGCGAGUGGAAGGAGGUCACGCUGACGCGCGACGACGGCAUCCGGCCCGGCACCACCUUCGAGGGCCUUUCCAAGAUCCGCCCCGCCUUCCCGCAGUGGGGGCCGACCACGACGGGCGGCAACGCCAGCCAGGUGACCGAUGGAGCCGCCGCCGUGCUGCUGAUGAAGCGGUCGACGGCCGUCCGGCUGGGCCAGCCGAUCCUGGCCAAGUACGUCGGCUCGACGACGGCCGGGCUGUCGCCGCGCAUCAUGGGCAUCGGGCCGACCGUGGCGAUUCCCAAGCUGCUCGCGCAGCACGGCCUCACGCUCGCCGACGUCGACGUGGUCGAGAUCAACGAGGCCUUCGCCAGCAUGGCCGUCUACUGCCGCGACACGCUCGGCCUCGACUGGGCCAAGAUGAACCCGCGCGGCGGCGCCAUCGCCCUGGGCCACCCGCUCGGCGCCACCGGCGUCCGCCAGAUCGUCACCGGCCUGAGCGAGUGCCGCCGCACCGGCAAGAAGAUCCUGCUCACCAGCAUGUGCGUCGGCACCGGCAUGGGCAUGGCCGGCCUGUUUGUGAACGAGCAAUGACGGCGGCAUGGAGCGUGGACUCGUGUAUAAUUUAUACUUAGCGGCAGCCAGUGUUUUGGAUAGCACGUGUCUGUGUUUAGCCAGUGGCCAGAUGACGCGGGCGAGUACAGAGUAG